AUGAACCAUGCCGCACCCUUCCACCGCCCCGGCUCGCCCGCCGCCGCCGCCGCUGCUCUGAAGGGAGCGUCGCUGGCGUUUCAGCGCGCCUCGCCGCCCGGCGAUUGCGGCCAGCGCCAAAAGGAGGAUUCGGCCGAGGCUCUCACGGCCGCCAGCUCGGCCGGCCGGCUGCUGAGCCCGCUCGCCGGCCCUCUGGCGCAGCUGGAUCGGAGCAGCGCGAGCUUGAUUGCGGCGGCUCGGGCGGCUGGGCGGAAAGCGAGCGCCGGCGAGGCCGUCGACUCGGAGAGCAUCGCCCCCACGGGCAGCUUGAUAUCCAUGUUUGAGCGGGCCCGCGACGGGGCAGAGCGCGCUGGCGCGUCGGCCUCGCUGCCGCAACCGUCUGGCGGCGCGCCCGCCAUGCCUGCCCCUGCCGGGAACCACCGGCCGCCGGCUCCGAAGAGCAGCAGGAGCUCCGAGAAAAUCUCGGCCAUGCCCAUGCCCAAGCCGAAGCUGCUGCUGCAAGCCCUGGCUCCGGCUCCGGCUCCGGCUCCGGCUCCGGCUCCGGCUCCGGCUCCGGCUCCGUCUCCGUCUCCGACCCCCAACCCCGCUGGUCACGCCCACGCCCACGCGGCCAAGCUUGACGAGACUCGCGCCCCGAGCCAACACCCGCCAGGCGGGAAAGCGACGCCGGCCGGGACCAGGCCGUCCGCGUCGCCGAGCCCUUCGAAGGGCGUCGCUGCGAAGCCUCCUCCGGAAAAGCAACCUCCCGGCCGGCAGGCUCGCACCCCCAGCCCUCCUUCGGUCAUGGUCAGCCGCUCCGCACCCCAUGUGCUGUCGCCGAAGCCCGUGAGGCCGGCCAAGAAGCCUGUGCUGGCGAGCCCCGCCGGAAACCCGGGCCCCGCGCGGCCUGGCCUGACUUGCGUCUCGCCCCCGUCCUCCCCCGACCUGGGGAGGCGCAGCUCGGAUGCAGAGACGCGGGGCCCCCCGGCACCCCCCGAGCCUCGAGGUAGCCAAAGACGGGCCGCGGCGGGCCCACGUGCGAGCGGGGUGCGACGCCGAGGGCCCGGCGUCCUGGACGCCAUGCACGACAGCGGGCCUGCAGCGAGUCCCCUCACGGAAUUCGGCUUGCCCAUUGUCGCCGGGCCGUGUCCGGCGCAGCGUCGGGAGAGGAGCAGCAACAGCAGCAAGAGGCCGCCGCCCCUCCCGAGAAGACGGACAUCCGUUGCCAGUGCCCCGACAUCGCCCGUCCUGCAGCCCACGCCGCCCCCAUCGCACCGCUCCCGCCGAACCGACUCGCUCAGCGGCCACCUUCUGCUGAACCCCCUCACCGACGCCGUCAUGGCCGGCUCCGUCGCCUCCUGGCGGCUGACGCCGCACAACUCAGGCUCCUCCGCUCCCCCCGCCUCCCGUGCCGUCAAGCCCCAGCGGUCCCCGCGGCUGCUGCAGACGCUGCGGCAGCCGCACACCGGGCCGGACGAGGACCCGGAACGGCUCCGGAUCGCCCACCGGCACAAGCUCUCCAGCAACAAGCACGCGCACCACGAGGGAGCCAGGAACCGCUGGCGGGACCAGAUCACGCAGCGGGAGAGGAGGCGCUACGAAGCCGUGUGGGCCUCGAACCGCGGCCAUCUCCUGCAAGCUGAUGAUGAUGGUGAUGACGACGAUGAUGACGACGACGACGACGACGGGCUGAGGUCCGAGUGCGUGGCCAACGUGGUGGCCAGGGAGAUUUGGAAGAGAUCGCGGCUGCCAGAGGACGAGCUCAUGGAGGUUUGGGACCUGGUCGAUCGAGCCGGGGCGGGCAUGCUCACCAGGCAGGAGUUCGUCGUGGGCAUGUGGCUCAUCGACCAGCGCCUGAAGGGCAGGAAGCUGCCGGCGAGGGUGUCGGACAGCGUGUGGUUCAGCGCCAACGGGGUGAACGCCCUCAAGGCCCGCAAGUAG